AUGGCCGACCCGCCUUCUCCUCCACCUGGGCCUGCACAAUAUGAAGCGGAAAUCCCUCUCAAUGCUAUCGACCUCUUUCCCCGCAAAGUCGGACCGAGAAUCUUCCAUUUGCCGGACAGAGGUGCAAUUUUGAAAGUUGGGACAAAUGUAAAGAUGGCUGAAGCUGAGGCUAUGCGGUUCGUGUCCAGCCGUUCUUCCAUCCCCGUACCUGAAGUAUACGAAGCGUACGAGAAAAACGGAUUGGGGUACAUCUACAUGUGCAAAGUUGAAGGACUGGAGUUGGCGGAGACGUGGUCGUCGUUGUCGGACGACAAGAAGGCAUACGUUGCAGAUCAGCUUCGAGGAUACGUGAGAGAGCUUCUUGAUAUGCGCGGGGACUCGUAUGGCGCGCUUUGGAAUCAACCUAGCGAAGACAUCUUCUUCUCACACCUAUGUCUGACAUCACAUGACGACAAGCAGUACGGCCCCUUCAAUUCAAGGAUCGAAUAUAAUCAAGGGCUAGUCGAGGCUCUUACCAACUCUCGUCCCGGAGGUCAACUUGGGGAAUCAGAGAAUAGCCUCAUCGCCAAGAUCACAGCUUUGACUGAAGAUGUCAAGAUUUUCUCUCAUGGCGACCUCCACCUCAGCAACAUUCUAGUUGAUGGCAACUGCAAGAUUACGGCCAUCGUUGAUUGGGGCUCAGCUGGCUUCAGUAUACCAGGUCGAGAAUAUCUAGAGGCCAAUCUACGAGCUCGACGACCUGACUGGAUCAAAUUACUCGACGAUGUAUUCCCUGAAGAUGCAAAGGCGGAGUAUCAUAUACUGAAAGAGCUAGAUCGAGCACUCAUAUUAUAUAGUGGGUUUUAA